AUGCUGCAUAGCAAACUGCCUAAGAUCUCACUGCAGGGUGCGUUAUGCCGCUGCCACUCAGCCAGGGAACGGUGCAUUAUCACCGGAUGGCAUCUACACACCUCGGCCACUCAUCCACACCGUACUAUAUCCACAUAUGGUUAUACACAAGCGAAAUCCUUGGUCUACGCGAAACAUGGCAAUCCGAGUGAGGUGCUCAGUCUACACACGCAUAGCAUUGGACCCCCACAUUCUUCCCUUGUGACGCUACGGACGCUCUCGGCGCCCCUCAAUCCUGCGGACAUCAAUCAGAUACAAGGUACCUAUCCUACCGUGCCUCCCUUUACGAGCUCCCUCGGCACAACGCAACCGACUGCUGUGCCGGGCAACGAAGCCUGCUUUGAGGUGCUGGCGGCCGGCUCCGGGGUCAAGAACGUGCGGAAGGGGGAUUGGGUCAUUGCGAAGCAUACAGGGUUGGGGACUUGGAGGACGCAUCUGCAGGUUGAGGAGGAGAAGGUGAUGAGGGUGGAGAAGGAGGGGUUGAGGAGUGAGCAGGUGGGGACCGUUGGGGUAAACCCUGUCACUGCCUACCGCAUGCUCAAGGACUUCGUCAAGCUAGACGAGGGCGACUGGUGGAUCCAGAACGGUGCCAACAGCGGAGUUGGCCGAGCAGCCAUCCAGCUAGGAAAGAGGUGGGGCUAUAAGUCCAUCGCCGUCGUCCGCUCACGGCCGGGUGAAGAGGGAGAGAAGCUGAAGAAAGAGCUACAAGAUCUGGGCGCUACUGAAGUUGUCACAGAUGAAGAAAUGCAACAGAAAGGCUUCAAAGAUCAAGUUAAAGAUUGGACCAACAGCGGCCGCUCUCCCCUCAAACUCGCCCUCAACUGUGUCGGCGGCGACGCCGCGAUGGCAAUGGCCAAGCCCCUCUCCUCCGGCGCCUGUAUGGUGACCUACGGCGCCAUGUCCAAAUCACCCAUGCGGGUCGGAGCGGCCAUGCUGAUCUUCAAAGACCUACGCUUCUCUGGAUUCUGGGUGAGUAGGUGGAGUGAUGCGCAUCCGGAGGAGAAGAAGAGGACGGUGGAUGAGUUGUUGGAGAUCAUGAGGAGGGGGGAGUUUCAGGAUACGCCGAUGGUGGGGGUGGGGUGGGACUGGGGGACGGAGAGGGAGGUCCUCGUGGAUGCGGUACAAGGGACCUUGGAGGGAUAUAGGAAGGGAAAGGGGGUUUUUGUCUUUGGAGACACGUAA